CCAGGAACCCCUCUCGUUUUCUCCAUUAUUUAGCUCUCUUGCCUCUUCUCAUUUCUCUUCAUUCCCAAUUCAGUUUGAUUUCUCUCUUAUCUUCUCUUCUUCUUCGAUUUCAUUCAAGAACAAAAAGAUUCAGGAAUGGCAGGACUAAAGGCAGUUGAUUUUGAAGAUUUCUUGCCGACUAUGGCUGAGAAAUUAGGUGGUGAGGGAUUGAUUGGAGAGCUUUGUAAUGGGUUUCGUUUAUUGAUGGACCCUAACAAGGAAGUCAUCACGUUUGAAAGCCUGAAGAGGAACGCUGCUCUACUGGGGUUGCAGGGUUUGAAAGAUGAUGAAUUGUUGUCUAUGUUGAGAGAAGGAGAUAUGGAUGGUGAUGGUGCUCUUAAUCAGAUGGAAUUUUGUGUUUUGAUGUUUAGAUUGAGUCCUGAAUUAAUGGAGGAGUCAGAGAGUUUGUUGGAAGAAGCUCUGAUACAAGAAUUGAAGAAUCCGUAAAUGGGUUUUCUUUUUACCCCUUUUUUUUCUUUUAGUUUGUAAAUUUUUUUUUCUCUCAAUACUUCUUUCUCAUUUGUUUUCCACUUUUUUAGUGGCAAUGAAAAUAAUGGAAUCAUCCUUU